CUGCUGACCUGGGGCUGGGGUCCCCUGUGCUUGAAGAGGCCGGAGCUCCCCUCCCCGUGCGCUGCUGCGGGGGCCUCCCACCCUCGGUGGCCUGGCCCCUGGCUCAGAGGGAGGCACUGGGCACAGCCUCACGCACAGAGCAGCCCCCAAACCCAGGCUGUCAUGAAGCUGUCGAGGAGGACCCUCGUGAGAACAAAGAGGGCAGACCGGCUGUGAGCACCACCCGGAUACGAGUUGUUACUCCUUGUAUGACGUUCAGUUGGAAAAGGUUGCAGGGGAUGCCCUCGCUGGCACUGUGAGGCAUCUGUGAAGUAGGGGUGGGUUGCGACAAGGACCGGAAAUGGAAAGUGAUGAAGCUGGAGCCCCGGAAGAACCGGAAAAGAGGCCAGUCAAUCAGGCAGACAUGAAUGAAGGUGAGGCUACAGGUUCUAUCCAGCCAUGUGACACUCCUGGUCCCAGCACACACCCCGGAGGCCUUUGUCCAUGAGGUCAGCAACGUUCAGCACAUACCUGCGGAACGGUCUGAAGUCCUACAGGCCAUGGACACACUCCCACCUGAGCAGGGCAGUGACACCCUCAGCUCCCCAGCCCAAACUGUCCCCCCCAAGCAGGCUGACACCCCCAAUUCCCCAACCCAGACCAUUCCGCCCGAUCAGGCUGACACCCUCAAUUUCCCAGAAGAAACCAUCCCACCACAAGAGGGUGACAUUCUCAAUUUCCCAGCCAAAAUCAUUCCCCCCAAGCAGGCUGACACCCCCAAUUUCCCAGCCAAAAUCAUCCCACCCAAUUCCCCAACCCAAAUCAUCCCACCCAAGCAGGCUGACUCCCCCAAAUUCCCAGAAACAAUAAUCCCACUCAAGCAGGCUGACACCCCCAACUCCCCAGCCGAAAUCAUUUCACCAAAGCAGGGUGACACCCCCAGUUCCCCACUCAAAACCAUCCUGUGCAAGCAGGCUGACAUCCCCAAUUCCUCAGAAAAAAAUACCUUGCCCAAGCAGGGCAAUACCCCCAAUUUUCCAGCAAAAUUCAUUUUGCCCGGGCAGGGCCACACCCACAAGCUCUCAGCCAAAACCAUUCUAUCCAAGCAGUGUGACACCCCAAAGUUCUCAGCCGAAACCGUUCUGCCCAAGGAGGGUGAUGCCCCCAAGUCCUCAGCCGAAACCGUUCUGCCCAAGGAGGGUGACACCCCUCAGUCCUUAGAAGACACCAUCCAGCCAAUAGAAGGCAGCCUGCAGUCAGCAGAUGAAGCCAUGCAAGUCCUGGAGGAGGAUCUGGUGAAGGUGAUCCUGAGCAAGGAAGACUUCGAGGUGGCGCUGAAGGAAGCUGGGGAGAGACUGGUUGCUGUGGACUUCUCGGCCACGUGGUGCAGGCCUUGCAGGUCAAUCAAGCCCCUUUUCCGGUCCCUGUCCAUGAAGCACAAGGAUGUGGUGUUCCUGGAAGUGGACGCUGAUGAGGGUGAGGGGCUGGCGAAAGACUGCAGUAUCGUUUGCAUCCCAACCUUUCAGUUUUAUAAAAAAGAAGAAAAGGUGGGCGAAUUUUCUGGUGCCCUUAAGGAAAAACUCGAGACAUUCAUUACCGCAUUAAAGUGAUCGUGUGUUCCAAAAGCAAUAGGAGCAGUCGGCUGUUCAUAGCUUGUGAUUUUUUAUUUACGAAAAAAGAUGAGGGGUAACAAAAGUGUGUGUCCAAGUGGCACCUGCAUGUGAAUCGGAAACAGUAGCUCAACCCUUUCCCAAAAGCAGUCAAAGCCCUAAUGCCUGUUGUGACUGUGUUCUUGUUGAUGGGACAGUGUGAUAUUAGAAUUUCCUUUGGUGGAGAUAUUGGAAGUCCAGUUGUCCCCUAUUUUUUAAUCUUGAUUUUUUUUUUUCACUCACUCUUGAAAAUUCAGCUCGUGUGAUCCUAGUGGCAACACUGGAAAUUUAGACAGUUUUUCUGUAGAAGGACAUGUUUUAAUGAUGAGUGGAAAUUUCUGAUGUUCACAUACCUUUGGGAUAUCUGAUAAGAAAGUAAAGAAUUUGAAGGAUUCACAUAUAUCUAACCUCCUUCAUGUGCGGGAAGUGCUAUGGAGGCCUCAGGAAAUGUCACGGGCUCCACAAACAUCUAGGGGAUUCUUUGGUAUCAGAACUGAGACCAAGGCCAUGUUUCCAGAUUGCAAGUUCAGGCUUCUUUCUACUGAUCCAGGCUCACAAAAUCUGAGACAGCUCAAAACUUCUGGUUUUCUCAGACCAAGAGAUUUAUGGUUCAAGUUUAAAUUAGUGUGAUCCUUGGUGCCAUUAUGACAUCAGCAACCUAGUAGCAGAGUGUCUGCUUUGUCGUCCUGGUAACUGGGUUUCUGAUACCUGUUCUCAGAUGUCUCAGAGUGUGUGUGUGUAUACACAUAUAUAUUGCAUAUAUAUGCAUAUAUUUAAUAUAUACAAUUUGGUGAGCUUGGACAUAUGCAUACACACAUGAUACCAUCACCACCAUUGAGGUAAUAAACCUACCCACAACUUUCCCUGUGUGUCCCUUUCCUUGGUGUGUGUGUGUUAAGAAUACUUUGCAUGAGAUCUACCCUCUUAACACAUUUUAAGUGUACUAUAGCAUAUUAACUACAGACACUAUGCUGUCCAGCAAAUCUCUAGAGCGUAUUCAUCCUGGAUAACUAAUUUUAUACCCACAGAACGACAACUCUGCAUUUCUCCCCAUUCCCUGUCAGCCACUGUCUUAUCUUCUGCUGAUCUAGAAUGUUUUAAAGAAUUUGAGGGCUUCCCUGGUGGCGCAGUGGUUGAGAGUCCGCCUGCCGAUGCAGGGAACACGGGUUCGUGCCCCGGUCUGGGAGGA